AGACAUAGAAAAGGAGACAGCAUGUACACAUGAAUGUAAUAUGCAUUUAUAUACACAUGUGUGAUAUUUUUAGAGAAUGGGAAGAAAUGUAUUCUGCCAUCAAGUCCUGUUCUUCUUAGUUAGGGUACCUCACUCUGAAUUCCCUGGAAAUUUACCUCCGAGAGGAAUUCAUAUGUCAUAGCGUUCUUAGAAUAUUCCUCAUUGAAAUUUCACAGAUGUGUAGAAUUCUGAGGCCUGGCAGAACCCCACUUCCUCUCUUCCUGUCACACACCUCCUCAUCCCUGGCCCUUUCCCUCUCCCUAACAUGGCUUCUUACACUGAUUUCUAAAACACGAACUGGGGCCAGCGCUUUGUCACCCAAGGCUUACAACAGAAGUAUGCAUGACCAUGUGUGAAUUUCAGACCGGGAAGCAGUUCAAAGGAGCAGCAGGGGUCCAUCUUUCUGUUUUUAACCCCACCGUUUUCUGAAAAAGGGGGAACAGACGUCAUUCUAUGCAGAUCGGAAACUAAGAACCAUGUUGCAUGAAGCAAGGGACAGGCAGAAGUUUGUCAGUGAUGUUCAGUAUCUGCGGGACAUGCAGCAUAAGGUGGACUCUGAAUAUCAGGCUUGUUUGAAACGACAGGAAAUCAAAAAAGACCCAAACGAGAAGACACAGGAUCAGCUAUGGGGGAACGACACAAGUGACAGAUCCCGGUUCUCAAGCGGGUCAUCGUCCAAACAGAGUUCCAGUGAGGAGGAUUCUUUAAGUGAGCCGAGAUCGUGUACCAAACUACCCACAGCUAAGUGUGAGCCCAGACUUCCAGCCAUUGAUCAAGCUUCAGUCAAGCAGAAACACAAAAGUACCAUGACUCCAAGGAAGCCAGAGAAAGUGGGCCCCAGCAAACCCUCCCCAGUGGCGCAGGCACCAAAGAUUUUAUCAAGGAAGAGGAGGCCCAACCUGGGGAGAUUGACAGUCAGUCCGGAAAUGCACAGCUCCAGAGCAUCUGGGGAGAGAAGCAGGCAGAAGUUACAGCUGUCAGCAAAGGCCCCGGCGCCCCUGGGCGUAGAUCCAAUUGUCCAACAAAAAAGUCUGAUGUGUGCAAACGAGACCAAGCUGAAGAGGCCAGCUCGAGAGAGAAACUUGGCCUCAUCCGCAGAGCUCAUGAGAACAGCUGGGAAGCCCCUGGAGAGACAGAAAAAGGGAGACCCGAGUGUCCGUCCCCAGAACGAACCCCACGCUGCCCUCUCACAGACCUUGCAGCCAAUGAAUGGUUCUCAAGUGCUGAGUGAGUCCCUGGGGGCCCCACUCCUCCCCACCACCGUGCUAGGACCAAGAAGGGCACCGUUUCGGUACCACGAUGAAGAUUUUUACUCCGCCUUGUCAUUAAGCAAUGAACAAGAAAACUAUGACACAGAAGAGGAAACCCGCAUGGAAGAGGAACUUCUGCUGGUUGGGAUGCGUUCUCCUCCCAGCCACAAGAGAAGCCGAUUUCUUGGGACAUCCACCACUGAAAACAGAAAUGUUCAGGAAAAUGCUGAAAAUCUCCGAGGAAAUUUUGUAAGAUGGAAUGAGUUCAAUCCUGGAUCUCCAAGAAAAAGCAGUACCACAGAGCCAGCGGCCACGCAGCCUUCUGGUGAGCAAAGGGUGCCGCAAGACACCAGGCUAUGUGGGGAGCUGGCUAAAGAGGACCCCAGUGGAGACCAAGAAGAGGAGAAGACUGCUCUUCCAGGGGAUGCCAAAUCUAAUGAUGUCAUCCGAGACUGUGCUGAAGAUGAAUCCAGUGACUGUCCUAUGGGAGACAGGCCCACGGUUUACCAUUAUGAGAGAGACUGGCAAAGUUACUUAAGUGGUUCUCGGAAUUCGUUCGACAGCUUAUUUUCUGGGAGAGCCACAGCUCCAAGAUCAUCCAUGAAUACAUCUUAUAACACUCAUGGGUCCCCGCUGCAUCCUGCGCUGAUAGAUGAUGUCCCCACAGGCUUGUCCAUGCCAUCGAUUCUAGUCCCCACUUCAGAUAUGGAGGAAAGCCUGAGGUUCAAUGCGCGCCGGCCACUCUCACCAAUCAGAAAUAGGAAUCCAUUGGCCACUGCUGAAAACCACAGUGAUGACAUCCAGGGAGCGGAGGAGAUGGCUUCGACAAGCCAAGCUCAGGGGCCUCCACUAUUGGCAGAAGAUGUAUCAAAUCCUCAAAGCAGCGUGACCUUGGGAAAUUCUCCCAGCUCUUCUACAAGAAGACAUUUACAAGGCCAUUUCUAUAUGCCUGGGUCCCUGCAAGAAAACAUACCUUUUACUUUCUUUGCACUGUCUGAUUUUCCAAAUCCAAAUGAUCACGAGACCAGCGUUAGAGUCUCUGAUGUCGUGGAUGAAAAGGGGACCACCGAAAUAAAGGCAGACCCCGAGAAACUCAGGAAAUUGCAAGAAAGUCUCCUGGAGGAGGACUCGGAUGAGGAGGAGGGAGACUUGUGUCGAAUCUGUCUGAUGGCCGGGGGUUCCCCAACCAACCCCCUCCUGGAGCCCUGCGGUUGUGUGGGCAGCCUGAAGUUCGUUCAUCAAGAGUGCCUGAAGAAGUGGCUGAAAGUGAAAAUAACAUCAGGAGCAGAUCUAGGUACUGUGAAGACCUGUGAGAUGUGUAAACAAGGCCUGCUGGUCGACCUGGAUGACUUCAACAUGACUGAAUUCUACCACAAGCACCAUCAAUCCCGGGUCCAGAGUAGGCUGAUGAACUCCGGCUUGUACCUGGUGCUGCUACUUCACCUGUACGAGCAGAGGUUUGCAGAACUCAUGACACUCAACUACAGGCGGGCUUCCAGAGAGAGGGAGAGACUGCCCUUCUUCGUCCUCUGCCCCCGGUGUGCUGUUAAUAGUCACAAUGCCAGGCUAGUGGCAGAAGUCAGGGAGUACAGUGGCCGGCUUAGGAGGCAGUUGUCAAGAAAUCACCCACAACCCAGACCGGAAGAAAAUGAAAGUUCCGAGUCGGGAGAUGGUAAUGAAAGCAGUGUUUACCCAGGCCGGGUCAUCUAGCGAGGGAGCUGGUCGUGGAGUGCAGCAGAGACCUCUCCACCCAGAAGCCCUUUCUGCGCCCCCCACCCCUGUGCCUCCCUUCUACCCUCCUCUUUACUGAACCCGAAGCCAGUGUGUUCACAGUUACCUUUCUCACCUGGGCCACUCCGUUCAAGUGUCUGGCUUGAUCAUCCUCGGGCAGCCACAGGGAUGGACCAGCCUCGUCCCAGCUGACACAGGCAAAACAGCCGAGUCCCGCGUGGGCUUCCCUGAGGCUGCCCCUCAGAGGCCCAGCAGGCCGAGUGGACCCAGCAACUCUGGCAGCCCAGCAGCCUGGGCUCCUGCUGCUGAGGGCCCCCCUUCAGGCCUCAGCCCACCCUGAGUGGAGUGGAUCCGUGCAUUCAGUAAACUGACUCUAUUCUCCCA